AAAGUUCCCCAUAACAUCAGCCAUGACAGAGAAGAAGAAGAACCUUGCAAAGGAGGCAGCACUCCAGGGUGCCAAAGCUGCUGAAACGCGCAUUGCGGAGGAAGCGAAAAAGAAAUUCACCCGCAUCGACGCUUUCGAGGGCAUCUACCAGUUUCUCUCCCUGGAGAUCCCUUGCCCGGUCCUCUUCAAUGGAGUGCUGCACUACUCCGCCAAACACGCCCUCUUGGCAGCGCAAUUUCCCGAUGCGACGGAUUUGCUGCAGGCGCCUGGCAACGAUGAUCUGAGCGUUGCCUUGAAGGCGGUUGAAGGUGAAACCGAAGCAAAGGAUUGGAGUCAGACUCGCCUUAAGGCGAUGGAACGGAUCCAACGUGACAAGUUCCAGAGAUCGGAGGAAUACAGAAAGAAACUCAAAGAGACUGGGGACCGCGAUCUCGUGUGGGAAAACGACGCGGACACCUUCUGGGGUGCCACGAAGGGUCGUGGGCAGAACCACUUAGGACGAAUCUUGAUGGAUGUGCGCAGCAGCAUUCAGGAGGACACGGAUUUCCACUCCUGGCUCUUUCUCUGUUGCGACUUGGAGGGCGACAGCCUUCGGUGGCCUCCUGUGGAGCUCAUUGAGAGCAAGGACGAUGGAUCGGGUGAGACGCAGGUGCACAGGCUAAGUGGGAAGGAGUAUUACAAGCUGGGCAAGCUCCCAAGCAAUGCCGUCCCCGCCUUGCAUCCUUCCAUCAGCCGGGAGCAUGCCCUGAUUCUGCACACCAAGACUGAGGUAGCAAGGCCCACGGGUGGUGUGGCCAUUAUGGACUUGGGCUCCAAGUUCGGAACUCACCUGGAUGGCAGGAGACUUGCCAACGGCUUUGUCAUGGAACCCUUGAAGUCGGGAGUGAAGCUCAAGCUUGGGGCCUCCACAAGGAGCUAUGAGGUUCGGGUGAAUCUGAGAUCGCAGAUCGAAGAGCUUGAGCGGCAGCAAAGAGACUUGAUGCGCGAGGUCCAGAGUAUCGACCAGGACGCGGCGGAUCCGGUGCAAGCUGCCAAGCGCCUGGCCAAGGAAGAAGCCACCUGUUUUGUGGGCGGCUUGGAGUACGAUACAGAGAAGGCAGAUUUGUUGGGUCUCUUUCAGGACUGCGGCCACGUGGAGGAGGUCCGCUUUCCUGGACAACAAGAGGUCGGAGGGAAAGCCGUGAAGGGCAUCGCCUUCGUGGUCUUCGACUCCGCCAUGGCGGCGCGACGCGCCUGUGGCCUGUCGGGCGAGAUGUUCAAGGGACGGAAGCUGAAAGUGGCUCCAGCCGGCGAGCGGUCCAAAGGAAAGGGCGAUGGCAAAGGCAAAAGCAAAGAAGGCGAAAAUCGCGACGACGACGCCCGUGGCGGUUCCAGGCAGUUCCUCCGUGAUAUGUUGGAUGGAAAGUGGGAGCGUGGCGUGGCCCUCCCCUCGCUGUCCCCGGAGCGCCGUCGCGACGCGCCGCGCGACGCGCCGCGCGACGCGCCACGGCGCGAGGCGCCGCCGGCGCGGCGCCGCGAGGUGCCGCGGAGUGCGUCCGCAUCGCCGGUGAGGUCGCCCCUUCGGGAUCGUAGCCGCAGCCGGAGCGAGCCCGAACGGAAGCGGAAGGAAAAGCGGAAAGGAAAAGAGAAGCGAAAGGGUAAGAAACGCAAGAAGAGCUCCAGUAGUGACUCAAGUGACUCCGACAGUGGUCGGGCCUAGUGCUUGGGUGCUGCGCGCGUUACGCUUUACCCGCGGAGCAAAGA